CUGUUCACUUGAUUGUAUCAGAAAUACAUGUGGAACAGAAACACUAGUUCAGUAUUAUUUCCCCAUAUCUAUUUAGGGAACUGUUGUAAUUCCAUUACUGUGAUAUUUCGUUCUGUUACAAACAGAUGACAUUCAUACUGUAAGUAAAGUUAUUGGACAGCUUUCAAAAUGAUUUGGGAUAUUAAUUUAAUAAUUCUGUUUUUUGCAGUUGGAGACGUUCUGCUGAUUUCGACAGAACAACUCCAUACAGCGAUACUUCAAAUUACGAAACCAUCUGUAGUGGAAGGGGAGACCGUUGAGUUCAGAUGUGUGAUAACAGCUGCGCAUGGAGAACAACCAAACAAGGAGAGGAAUUGGUUCCAUUUAUAUAAAAACAGAGAGAAGGUCAGCUCACUGCCAGAUCGAGGAAUAGCAGCUGUCACAUUUAUAAAAGAAGACAUCAGAAAGAAUGGCACUGGAAACUAUACCUGCAUGUAUGGAAAUCAGAAUCCAGGAGAUGUGAAAAACAUCAGCCAUGGUCCUCCGAUUUACCUGAAUGUACAAGAGUCACAGCAUUCACUCGUGCUGCAGCUAGACAAAGAGUGUGCAAUGGAAGGAAUGGACAUAUCAUUUAAAUGUAUGAUACCAGUUGAACUCAGAGAUGCAAUACAGAAAGAUGGGUUUUUCCAUCUAUAUAAAAAUGGAAGCAUUGUCGACUCACAACCCGUUCACAAAAGCUUACCAGCUGUCACGUUUUCCAUUAAAAAAGUGAAUAGGAGUGAUACUGGAAACUACACCUGUGUGUAUGGAAAAGAGACGAUUGUAAACUCAGCAAACAACAAACGCAGUCGCCCAGUCUACCUUGAUGUGACAGAGUCACAGUAUUCAGUCAUGCUUCAGCUAGACAAACAGAGUGCAAUGGAAGGAACGGACAUAUCGUUUAAAUGCAUGAUACCAAAUGAACGCAGAGAUGCAACAGGAAAAGAGGAUUUUUUCCUUCUAUAUAAAAAUGGAAUUUAUGUCGAUUCACAUCCCGUUCCCAAAAGCUUACGAGCUGUCACAUUUUCCAUUAAAAAAGUGAAUAGGAAUGAUACUGGAAACUACACCUGUGUGUAUGGAAAAGAGACGAUUGUAAACUCAGCAAACAACAAAUGCAGUCACCCAGUCUACCUUGAUGUGACAGAAUGCUUAAGUCCAACCACAACCUGCAAGACCCAACAAAACAAUUCAACAGGAUCUGUUCUAUCUCUGUACCUGGGUGCCGGGGUGGGAUCUGGGAUCCUUGUGCUGCUGCUACUGCUGAUCGGAGGGCUUCUGAAGUGUCAGCAAUCCAAACGAGAUCCUGCUGUCCAGAUUGUACCUGUGUACAGCAGGGUGGUAAGACCCUGUGACAGACCCAGAGGCAAAAUGAAUAAGUCUAACCAGCCUCUAAACCCAGAGGACGACACACUCACCUACUCAGAAAUAAACACUGCUCGUGUCACCAAGAAGAAACCCAGAUCUGCACCUGAUGAAGCCAAUGUAACAUAUUCAACAAUUAAAACUUCCACACACUGAAAACCACUGGGGAAAAAAGGCUUGAAUGUUGUUUUUUAAAAAAAUACCUAAAUAGUCAAUAAAUCUAAAUGGUCUUUCCCUUUU